AUGCUCUUGUUCCUGUUCAUGUUCGGUCUGGCUCUGGGUGCUGUGUCUUCAUCUGAUGACCAUCAAGGGCAGCUACAGCGUGGCACCUGUCCCAUGUUCUGGUUCAACUUCAACGGCCGCUGCUACAAGUACGUUGCCACACGUAUGACCUGGGCUGAUGCAGAACUCCACUGUGUGAGACAAGGAGCCAACCUGGUGUCCAUCCACAGUCUGAAUGAACACAAUUUCGUCCAAUCCCUGAUCAAGAACUUUGACCCUGCACAGGGAAGGACCUGGAUUGGACUCAGUGACAUCCACAAGGAAGGACGAUGGAUGUGGUCUGAUGGGUCUGCAGUGGACUUUUCCUUUUGGGCCAGAGGACAGCCAGACAACGCUGGAGGACGUGAACACUGUGGACACGUCAACUUUGGCUCAAAUCGGAGAUGGAAUGACCAUCAGUGCCAUAAUGCAUUCGCUUCUGUUUGUGUAUCCCGCAAAAUUUGUUAGCAGCAGAGAAGGACUCAGUGACUUUCCACCUGCUGCUCUGUAGUAAUGCAUUGACCCUGCAUGAUAAAGAUGCAAAUGUGUGUUUGUGCUUUCUCAUAUAUAACCCUACUUACGAAUAAAAUGGAUUGUUUGAUGAUAA